UUGGCUGCCAAGUACUUAACUGUUUUAGCUUUACCAUCUUAAAGACAUCCACGAGCCAUGGCAGAACGACCAGCAGCAGAGAUUGCAGUCCCCUCAAAGGAUCCAAAGGAGAAGAAGAAAGAAGAGGACAAGAAGCUAGACACCAAGGCGAAUGGUGCGAAGGAUGAGGAGGAGGAACUUUCGGAAGAGGAUGCACAGCUCAAAUCUGAGCUGGAGAUGCUCAUUGAACGGUUAAAGGAAUUAAACACGGAUCUCUACCGUCCUGCUCUUGAAACGCUCCGGACACUCAUAAGAACAUCUACGUCAUCCAUGACUUUCUGUUCCGAACCGCUCAAGUUUCUACGCCCACAUUAUCCCGGCUUGCAGGAGCUGUUCGAGACAUGGCCCGUAUCCGAAAACAAGAGUCUAUUCGCCGACAUUCUCUCUGUUCUCGCUAUGACAUACUCCGACACUGAACCACGAGGGACCCUCCGCUAUCGCCUUCUUUCUGCAUCUCUCCUCCCUCCUACAUCCAAAAUUUCUGAACCCGGUUCUUGGGGGCAUGAAUACGUUCGUCAUCUUGCUGCUGAACUAGGAGAGGAGUACACCAUCCGUCAAGAGGACGCGCCUAAAUCAAAGCCUGCUCCGGUCCCUGGCACCAUCGAAGACUUACACAAUCUCGGCUUAGAAUGCGCUACGUUUUUCCUGGGCCACAAUGCCGAGCCAGACGCCGUUGACUUGUUCGUGGAGCUCGAGAUUGUUGACCGAAUAGCAAGUCUCGUAGACGCAAACACGUUCGGUCGUGUGUGUGCGUACAUGGAUCGAUGUGUCACACUCCUCCCUCCUCCUGACGAUGUCACUUUCUUGCGCACAAUACACAAGAUCUACCUCCAAUUCUCCAAAUUCCCCGAAGCUCUCGGUGUCGCGAUCCGCCUUAAUGACGCUGCACUCAUCCGACAAGACUUCAAUGCCUCGGGCAACCCGGUAAUGAAGAAGCAGCUUGCUUUCCUUCUUGCACGUGCACAAAUUCCCAUCGAAUGGCUGAAAGCGUCUGCUUCAGAAGACGCGGACGCAGAAGAUGAAUUCCCAGAAGACAUCCUAGACUGCCUAAGCAACACACAGCUCAGUAGACACUUCAAGGAGUUCGGAAAAGAGGUGGGCGUUGCAGAUCCGAAGAGCCUUGAAGAUGUCUACAAGAGUCAUCUUGAGACUACAAGAUCAGGGCUGUCUGCCAAUGUCGAUUCCGCUCGUGCUAACCUUGCAGGCACGUUUGUCAAUGCGUUCGUCAACGCUGGCUUUGGUAAUGACAAAUUGAUGGUGGAAGCCGAGGAAGGCAACAGCUGGGUUUACAAGAACAAAGACCACGGCAUGAUGAGCGCUGCAGCCAGUCUUGGGCUCGGACUCCUCUGGGACACGGACGUUGGUCUCAGCCACAUCGACAGGUAUACAUACUCCCCUGAAGAGUGGAUCAAGGCUGGUGCAUUUUUCGCUACAGGCCUGCUGAAUGCAGGUGUACGCACGGAAGCAGACGCCGCCCUCGCGCUGCUAGCAGAACACGUAGAGAAUCAAUCCGUCCCACUCAAAACAGCUGCAAUCAUGGGGCUCGGCGUAGCAUACGCAGGUUCGCACCGUGAGGACUUGCUCGCUCUUCUCCUUCCUGCGGUCGCAGACGACGGCGUGUCGAUGGAGAUCGCUGCACUCAGUGCACUCGCACUGGGAUUCGUGUUCGUAGGCAGUGGUAACGGGGAGAUUACGAGCACGAUCUUGCAAACGCUGAUGGAGAGAGAUGAUAAGGCUCUGGACGAGAAGUGGGGACGAUUUAUGGCCUUGGGGUUGGCGCUGCUUUACGUUGGCUUGCAGGAUGCUUCGGAUGCCACGCUCGAGACGCUGAAGGCUAUUCAGCACCCGAUUUCGAGGCAGGCGCAGAUUCUUGUGGAGGUGUGCUCCUUCGUUGCCACCGGGAACGUCCUGCGGGUACAGAGAUUGCUGCACUUGUGUGGCGAGCACCUUGAUGCCCUCAAGGAGAAGGAGCAAGCCGAGAGCGCGGAGGGGAAGAAGGAUGAGCACAAGGAUGAGAAGAAAGAGGACAAGAAACCCGAUGAUACAUUCCAAUCGUUCGCCGUUCUUGGUAUUGCGAUGAUCGCCAUGGGCGAGGACAUCGGUGCUGAGAUGUCCAUGAGACAAUUCAACCACUUGAUGCACUACGGCGAUCCCAUCAUCCGCAAAUCUGUUCCCCUUGCUCUCGGCCUCAUCAGCGCCUCAAAUCCACAGCUCCCCGUCCUCGACACGCUCUCGAAAUAUAGUCACGACCACGACCUCGCAGUCGCACUCAACGCUAUCUUUGCAAUGGGCCUUGUCGGCGCGGGCACGAACAAUGCACGGCUCGCACAGAUGCUCCGCCAGCUCGCGCGGGGUCUCGUGCACAUGGGCAAGGGCACGAUUGGGAUCAAUCCUUUCUUCUCGGAUAGGAAUAUCAUGAGUCGGCCGGCUAUUGCGGGUUUACUGGCGACGAUCAUGGCGUUUACGGAUGCUAAAGCCUUCGUGCUCGACAAGUACCAUUGGAUGUUGUACUUCCUCGUGACCGCCAUGUAUCCUCGCUUCCUCAUCACGCUUGAUGAGGACCUCGAGAGCAAGCCUGUCACUGUUCGUGUCGGUCAGGCUGUGGAUGUCGUUGGCCAAGCUGGCAAACCACGCACGAUAUCAGGCUUCCAGACGCACCAGACGCCUGUACGACUGGGGACGACGGAGCGCGCGGAGUUGGCGACGGAAGAAUUCAUCCCAUAUGCGCAUGUUCUAGAGGGCUUUGUCAUAUUACAGAAGAACCCUGGGUGGGAGAAGGAGGACACGAUGCAGAUGUAGGUAUAUUGCAUGCUGUUGUACGUGAAAAUUUGCAAAACAGGAUAGGGUUUUACGAUCAAAGACAACGUGAAACAUGAAACGAAAAAUAUCUCCCAGUGGUCCUGGACACGCAUAAUGCCGCAACUCACAUUCCUACUAUACGCUGGGACCUCAUACCACAGCCGUAACUCUCGACUU